AUGACUUUAAAAAACAGUUCUACGGAAGAUGGAAUGCACCCGAAUACCUUUCAAGAGCAGUUCUGUUUUCAAUCAUUGGUUGGUGAAUUACGACAGGAAUUAAUCUCUUUCUCAGUGGUUAACAUUGUCCUCUCCACGACAGCAUUUCUCGGGAAUUUUCUCAUCCUCGUCGCCCUUCAUAAGGAAUCUUCCCUCCAUCUGCCGUCCAAACUCUUAUAUCGUUGUCUGGCAGCAUCUGAUCUGUUGGUUGGUGUUGUUAGUCAGCCUCUCUUUGCUGCCUAUUGGAUGUCCUUGGUUCACGAGGAGUGGAAUCUCUGUCGAAACCUAUAUGACGCAGUCCACAUAGUGGGUUUUGCGUUAUGUCUAGUUUCCCUGUUCACGUCGACUGCCAUAAGCGUUGACAGACUUCUGGCCUUGUCGUUGAAACUAAGAUACAGGCAAAUUGUAACUCUGAAGCGCGUGAGAAUAAUUGUGGCCGCCUUAUGGCUUGUAUCAGGUUUCGCUGGUUUAUUCUACAUCUUGGAUCCUCGUAUAUCCUUUUGGCUUGGUCGAAUCCUAACCCCAUCUUGUCUUCUGAUCUCAAUCGCCUCGUACGCAAAGAUUUUCUGCAAUCUCACUCACCAUCACGCUCUAGUGCAAGACCAACAGGCAAGCCAAUCAAAUGCUCUGAACAUCGCGCGGUAUAAAAAGGCAGUGUACAGUGCAAUAUGGGUGCAGUUAGCAUUAGCUGUGUGUUUUUUACCAUACAACAUACAGGCGAAUGUAAUCAACCAUAGCCAAACAUAUUCAUCACAUUUCAUCGUCAUCUGGGGAAUAACGGUUGUUUUAUUGUUCUUCAAAUCAUCUUUAAACCCUUUUCUCUACUGCUGGAAGAUUACCGGAGUUAGAAAAGCGGUGAAGCAGACAAUCACUCAAGAACUUUGUUGUCCGCGGGGUUAA